AUGGAUACAAGUACAUUAGUUAAAGAAUUUAAUUCUUUAAUACGAAAGGCAAAGGAAUCUGAAAGAGACAAUAUUCAAAUAUCAUUAAAUUUUUAUAAACAAGCAUAUAAAUUAUUACCAAAUGCACCUAAUCUAUCGAAAAAGAUAGAGUCACUCGAGAGGAAACUAGUAAAGAUACAAGCAGAGCUAUUAAAAGAGGAUUGGGUACAGAUAGAAGGAAAUUCAAUCGAUAUAAAAACUAGUGGUGGUGGUACUAGUAAUGCACCUAUUACAUCAUCACCAACUAUAUUCAAUGACUCAAAUACAAGUGAUGGAAUAGAUGAUUUCUCAAUUAAACAAGAGGAUGAAGAUGAUGAUGAUGAUGAACAGAAUAACAACAAUAACAAUAGCAACAACAUGGGAGAAGAAGAUUUAGAUGAUUUCAUUAAAGUAGAUGCUACCUCUAUUGAAGAUAUAGAUACACUCAUCGAUAAACUAAAGCUAAUGGAUAUCGAUGUUGCUCUUAAACUUUUACAACAGAAUGACUUUUUUGUAAUAAGAUCAAUGUGUAAACAUGCUCAACAAAGUGAAGAUGUAAAUUAUAUUUCAGAGAUUGUAUACUUUUUGAAUGGAAUAGGUAAUCAGGUGGAAGGAGUGUUCUCACUGUUGGUUAGUGAGUUGGCAUGGAUCAUACCGAAUUGCUUUAUGGUGGAGGAGACAAAGGCUGCACAGCAUCUCUUGUUACUCGCUGCCAUCUUUACACAGACAGGUCCACUUCCUGCUACAGAGUUGGCCAAACUCGAUGAGACAUUCCUCGAUGAACUCAUUGAUCUUGGAUUCAAAUAUUUAGAUUACUACGAUACCAAAUGGUUAAAUAUAUUUUAUAAUACAUUGCUCGCUUAUCAAUCACAAAUCAUUGUAAACGAUGGAUAUUCACCAUUGAUUCAUAAACUCUACACAAUGCAAAAGGCACCAGAGUUGGGACCUGAAUUGAUUGCACUUUUAAAUAGAGACAAGUUUGAUUAUGGAUUGAUUGGACAGUCUUUAUCACUGGUUAGUGAUAUCUUUAGUUAUAGUACAGAGCAUAAAGUAUCAUGUUUCUUUUAUUCAUCGGACAUACCGAUUAUCAUUGAUAUUCUAGUUAGAAAUAUUCAUAAUCUAAAUGAACUGGAUCCAUUGAGAUGGCAAUAUUUAGAUGUAUUAUAUAUUGUUUUAUCACAUGAGCAUUUCCAACAAACACAGUACCACGUUGAUGACAUAAUUACUGUUCUUACAGACAUGUUGGACGAGGAUUAUGCCGAGAAAGAUCCAAGAACUGCUUUGGUGUCUAGAUCCAUUUUGGAUUUGAUUCAACAACAAAGUUACCAAUAA